GCAGAAACGAAGAGGAAGCCUAUUUUCAUUCGUUUCAGUCGUGAAUGCGGUUGCAGCUGCGGGCUUCCGAGUGCGAAGUUGUUGUCGGCGGCACGUUAUUACCCGGCGGAAUUUAGCAUAACCCCGUGAACCAGGCGGAAUGGGAUCGAAAUUGCCGGUCCCGGCGUUUCUCUGCUUUCUUACGCUGUGUUUCCUUCCGGCUGCUGAAAUGAAUUCGUCGGACAACGAUUUUGUGAAUGUUCUGCGGUGGACAGAAACUUUAAUCGGUUCCCAGAACCGCGGCGACAAACCCUUGAAGAUCCGGAAUAUUUUGACAAUAUCUAAACAGAUGGUGACUGGAAACUUCUACGACAUGAAACUGGAAUUCUCUCGAGCCUCUUGUCCCAAGGACCAUGCAAACGAUUGCGCAUUCGACGCUUCCGCGACGCCUUUGAUCUGCGAAGUGAAGGUCUAUGACGAGCCGAUUUCGGGGACACGAACUUCGCCCAAAUUUUCCUGUUCUUCAAUGCAGAGAGAAGGCAACAAUUCGACUCUUGAAUUGAAAGCAGGAGACCCCGAACCAUCUUCAGUGGAAGUGACGACGACGACGACGACAGAAUCCAGUGCAAAAUUCUGCGAAUCGAUUCCGAAAGGCCAGUUGAAUGCUAUUUCCAAGGAGGGCAUUACGAAACUGUAUGCUGCUGCUCAAUCCGGGGACGUUCCUUUGACUGAGAAGUUGCUGAAUUGCGGCGCAAAUCCUUUGAGGAGCUUCCAUCCUGCCCAUCUGUACCUGGUACCACUUUCUCUUUUUCUUCAAGAAGGCAUUGCUAGGGGCUACAGAGUAGCCCCAGCGCGACCCAACAAACCCCCUCCCUUUGGGCCCGGUUGGCCACGAUGCUGGCCGGGGGCCAAAGGACCCCUGAGAAGGGGUUGUGCAGAUGUUGCUGGUGCAGGGAGGUGGUCCGCCUGUCUGCGCCUGCACCGUCUGGCCAGGGUGGAAACCUUGACUGCGUGGGCGCUGGAAGAUGGCUGUGCAUCAGAGCGUGAAGUCAGUCUGGAAUUAGAAGAGAGUCAUCAGUCCAACAUUUUGACCAGUGGCUACUGUCAUUGGUCAUCAUCUCUGCUGAUUGCCCUUCCAUUCCGCUUCUCGCCGUCUUUUGCCAUGGUUGCCAUGGUUAGGUCAUCAAAUUUGCAAGAGGGAAAUCUGCCAAUUCACAUCGCGGCAUUGAAUGGACACGAGCGGAUUGUUGAAGCGUUGCUGAAUCACGGGGUCAACCCUGACGUGCGACGAAAAGACGGACUUGCCGCUCUUCACAUUGCCCUCAAGGGAGAUGGAACAAACUUGUUGCCUGUGCUGGAAAUGCUGGCCUUGAAGGGAGCAAAUUUGAACGUGGUCACUGGCAACGAGCAGCACAAGCGACCCCUUGACAUUGCCCUGGAUGUUGGGCUGCCCAAUGACGUCAUCCGUUUUCUAAUAGAACACGGCGCUAAACGAGGCGAUGAAACCCUGUGACCUUGCUUCAUGAUUGUGUGAUGUACAGAGAAUUCCCAUGUAACAACAUUUUUUUUUAUUCUCUCUGGAAAGUGGAUAAAUAUUUCAGGAUGUGUAAGGUGAGAAACAUUUGAAUUAAAAUUAUUUCUACAAAGUAAAAUUUCAAAAUCCCCAUUGAAACUAUCAGGGCCGGCCCUGGGGUGGGAGGCGCCUUUGGCCAAGAACAAAUUUGGCGCCCUUUGAAAAUAAAAAAUGAAAAUGUUAGCAGGCAUCAAAAUAUAAAAAAAUCAAUGAUUUUUCAAUGUUCUGGGAGUGGAACACCCUGUACCAUGCAUAUAUGAGGAAGGC